UCAUAUCGAUUUUGCCCCACCUCUAGAGCAAAAUCAAAACAAGCAAAAAAUAAUUAAUAACUUAGCUUAGAAAAUCCCCAAAAAAUAAGGACAGUGGCAACAUGAAAUUCCGCUUCUGUGGCGAGGGCGAUUGUCCCGACUGGGUCCUAGCUGAGAUCAUAUCCACACUAUCCAACUUGACCAUUGAAAACUUGGAGCAACUCAGUGAUCUGGUGGCCCUGAGAAUUUGUGGUCAGACCUUUGAGGAAUCUAAAAUAAAAUCGCUGACAUCCACACUUACCAAUGAGGGUAAAACCGCGGUGGCCUGCAUCCAUUUUAUGCUGAACAACGCAGCUCGCUAUAGCUGCACCGAAAGCAUUUUUGGAGAGGAGAUUCAGCAAUUGGGAUUGCCCAAGGAUCAUGCUGCAGCCAUGUGCAGAGUCCUACAAAAGCGUUCCGCUGCCAUCCGCCAAACACUAAAAGAUAAGGCAUUCAAAAUUAACGAACUGGAAAGCGUUCGCGAUAUAACCUCGCCUGGACAAACGCCUCCGAAUUAUACCACCUUGGAACUGAAAAUCUCGCAAGAACUGGUCGAUGGCCUGCCAAAGGAUACCACUCACGUUGUCAACAUAGAUCGCGCCCAAGCGAAGGCUCUGCUGGCGGAGCUUAAACUGGCACGCGAUGUAAUGCAGAAAUAUGAAAACAAACCAGAUUCCUAAAAAUAUUAAUGUGCUUGAAACACCUGUGAUUGGUCAGUUUCUGUCUAGACUAUUUGGUAAAUUUUUAACAUUCUGUUUGUUUUAAAUUGUAUUCAGUUAUAUGUGAUCCUCAAAAUGUUUAUAAAAAUAAUUUCCAUUCUAAUUGGAUAAUUUUUUACAAUAAAUAAAUUUAAUCAAAAAUUAA